AUGGCUACCAUGGAAGCCAAGGGGAUGCCUGAGGAGCAUCCGGUUCAGGUGCCCACCAACUCGAGCAGUGACCUUCCUCGUGGCUCUAUCGCAGAGCAGGAGGUCAUCAAGAGGCCUUGGUGGCAGGGCUUCAAGGAGCCUGGCCAUGCACUUCAGAUCAUCAGCGCAGCUGUUCUUGCCAUCGCCAUCGGCAUAGUUGUCGCUACCCAGGUUGAUGAGGUUCCCGAGACUGCCAUCACACUCCUCGCUAUUAUUGGUAACCUCUGGUUGAGAGCCCUCAAGGCAGUUGUCCUUCCUCUGAUCGUCUGUUCCAUGUUACUUGCUGUAACCAGACUUCGACAAAUGUCCAAUGGAGGCUCGCUGCUCGCAAAAUGGACUGUAGGAUACUAUGUCCUCACCACCCUCCUUUCCAUCACAGUCUCUUGUAUCAUGCAGGGUCUCGUCUGGUCCAAACAAUACACCGAGGUCGCCAGAACGGAUUUGCCAGAUGACGACUCGCUUCCCGACACCAAGGAGCGUCCAAUCGCUAUAGUCGUUCGAGACAUGUUUAACUCCUUUAUUCCCGCAAACAUCGUGGCUGCCUUGGCGAACGACGAACUCCUUGCUGUCAUCAUUGUUGCCAUCAUUGUUGGAUAUCUCAUUGAGUCCCCUCAUUCACCCAUCAUUCGUGUCGCCGAAGAGAUUGAGCGCAUGAUCCUCAAAGUCAUCAACUUCCUCAUCGCAGCAGCCCCUAUCGGUGUCUUCUUCCUCAUUCUGCCCAACUUGAUGCGGCUCGACAUUGGCGAGAUCGGCUCAAACUUGGGUAUCCUCAUUGGCGCCACCUUGUCCACCAUGGUCCUCCACAUCUUGGUUGUUGUCCCCAUCAUCUUCUUCAUCUUCACUCGAAUGAACGCAUAUUCCUACUGGAUCAAGAUAUCCCCAGCUUGGAUCACGGCUUGGGGUUCUGCUUCCUCUGCUGCCACUCUUUCGGUCACCCUUCGAUGCGCCAAGGAGCGUGGUGUCCCCGCCAUCGUCUACAAGUUUGCUUGUCCCCUUGGUUGUCUGAUUAACAUGGACGGUACCGCCAUCUACCUCCCUGCUGCGGUUGUUUUCCUGGCUUCCACCCAAGGCAUCACCCUGGACCCUACCUCAUAUGUCAUUAUUGCACUUCUGUCGACCUUGGCUUCGAUUGGUGUCUCCCCCAUCCCCUCGGCCUCGCUUGUCCUCCUGCUCAUGAUUGCCCGCUCGGUCAACGUUGAGAUCACUGGAAUGUACGCUGUAAUCGUAGCCAUCGACUGGCUCCUCGACCGCUUCCGUACUGCGAUCAACGUUUCUGGCGAUCUGUUUGCUGUCAUGAUCAUUUACAAGCAGACCGGAAUGGAGGAUCCCGAAGAGGUUAUCGAGGAGACCGCCCGGGAGACUGAUGCGCACGAAAAGGAUGCGACCAACCGGGUCUAG